AACCCCUAGAAAUUGGCGGGAAAAUCCCACCUACUUACACUCCCGCCGCACUCCCUCCAUCUCCACUCCACUUAACACACAUUUCCCUGAAAAAAUUAUCGAGGAGAGAGAAAAUCAAAGAUCAAGCUCAAAAAUGGUAGGAUUACCGUACGAUUGCCUCGCUAAUCCUCUCGGAGCCGUCCGAUUAACCUUCGAAAAAGCCGUUUCUUCCGGCCUCAACCCCUCCACCUCCACCGCCGCCGAUUGGGGCGCCGUUGAUCUUUUCCGUCAAUUCCUCUUCGAUGAUGGUGGUCUUUCUCAGGUACCGAUUUUAAAUGCGGCGAGUGUUAAGUAUUUACUGGCGAAUUCGUUGGUUCGAUUUCGAGGGAUGAUUCAAGAUAUGCUGGGAAAUGAAGUUUAUGUUGGUGCUUACAAGGAUGGUUCAACUUGGAGGACCAACAAAUUCUCAGAUGUUUGUCAGUUUGAAAUGGAUAUGUCCCCUGAUAUGAAGUUUUGGGAGCGUCGAUUGCUCUACUGCGUUCCUGUACCGGGGCUGAAUUCAUGGGCAGAACCUGUGGAAGCUUUGUCGAAUCAGCAAAGGAAUUUUGCUACUCAGCAAAGGGAGAAGCGUCCAAGGGAUGAUGAUGAUGAAACUGUUGAUCAUAUGGAGUUGGGAUCAAAUCAAGACUGUGAGGAUUCUCCGAUUACUAAAAAGAUGAGGGAAGAGGGGCAUCCUUCCUCAUCUUCAAUGCAGCAAGACACUGUGAAGGAAGGAACCACUCCUUCCUUUGGACCACCUGAUUCCGAGAUAAAUUCUUUUCCUUGUUUGGUUAAGGUUUAUGAUUCCCCGGAGUCUGAUUUAAAACUGAAUGAGAUUUUUGAGUUUAUCGGAGUUUUGAACUAUGAUCCAGAGUUAUCAUUAAACAAGGAUGAGUCUGAUAUGCAGUCAAAUGACCUUUAUGAAGAUGACUUGGUUCAAUUACCCCCUAGCAAGGUACCUCGUAUCCACUGUCUUGUACACCAGAAGCUUGUGGCUCUUGAUUUUGUUGAUGGUUCACCUAUGACAGAAUCAAAUCCGUCAAUGAUUAGAGGAAUAAGGGAAGGCCUGCUUAGUCAUCUCACUGCUGUCCUUGGAAAUGAUGGAGUGGCAGCUCAAUUUCUGCUGUUGCACCUCUUAUCUCAGGUGCAUGCUAGAGUUGAUGGUGUAGCUGUUGGGAAGUUUUCACUCAAUUUCACCAACUUCAGCAAGGAAACUGCAUCCGUCUUUAGUAAACGUCUUGGUCUCACAAUGAAGGAACUUCUUCCAUUUACAAAGCAGAUGCCUCUCGCAAUUGAAUAUCUCAACAGUGCCUCACUUGCCCCUAAAAAGGAUUACCAGGCAAAUAAAUUGGUUCCUGGAGCUCUUCAGCUGGCAGAAGGGUCACACUUGAUCAUUGAUGAGACGCUGUUGCAGGCUGGGACCCUGAACCCGACUGGAGUUGAGAAUGCAAGAUCAUUGAAGAACUUGACAGAAUUGCAGCAGGUUGAAUAUGAUUUCCAGUACUACAAAAUGGAGAUGAAAGCAGACGUGCAGCUGCUUGUUCUAUCUGAGGGUAAAUCCAACAUUCUGCCUGCCGAUUUAGUCCUUCCUUUUCAGCCUUCAUCAACCAGCUCCUCAGAAAUUGUAGAUGAAGCAAUUCUACAGACUUGGAGAUGGUAUUUGGCCUUCCUGAGAUCACUAUCACACUUGAUUAGUCCUGAAAUGCAGAAGGUGGUCGAAGAGGAUCUAGUCGCAGCUAGGCAAGCAGACCGGACCUUAGGGAGCCAAGAUUUUAGCAGAUUGCUGACUAUGAGCAGACUUAUGUCAUUGAGCUUUGGUGAGACAAGUCUAUCCAUGGAACACUGGCAAAUGGUGAAAGAACUAGAAAGGCUUAGAAAAGAGAGAGUUAGAUGAAGCCGUUUAUAACAUGUAACCUAAUAUUUUCAAAUGAAUACAAUUACCAGGAUCUAUAUUGUAUGGACUUGGGCAUGGAAAGCUUUUAUGAUUUUGUUUCAAAAAUGACGUGUUUAGUGUCCAAACCGCCAUGGCUCCAUCCUUGUAGAGGUUCACUCGAUGUAAUAAAAUGUCUUUGAGUAA